UUUUUUAUUAAGCAGAAAAGAAUAAUGAAUUCUGGAAAUUCAAUCGCGACCUAAAGUAUUGGUAUUCAUCUUCUACUCUCUCUCUCUCUCUCUCUCUCUCUCUCUCUCUCUCUCUAACCACUGAUACUCACCAACUCUGAAACAGUUCGUUCCGCAGCAAUCAAGGAAUCAAGAUGUUAGGCGUUAUAAGAAACAAGAAUCUUCUUCGGCCUUCCUUUUCCGCAUUCAGACAUCUCUCUUCUUCUGCUAAACAGAUGACAGUGAGAGAUGCUCUUAAUUCAGCUCUUGAUGAAGAAAUGUCCGCUGAUCCUAAAGUCUUCUUGAUGGGUGAAGAGGUUGGAGAAUAUCAAGGUGCAUACAAGAUUUCCAAGGGACUAUUGGAGAAGUAUGGUCCUGAGAGGGUUCUUGACACUCCCAUCACUGAGGCUGGGUUUACUGGGAUUGGAGUUGGUGCUGCUUACUAUGGUCUAAAGCCUGUUGUGGAGUUUAUGACAUUUAACUUCUCCAUGCAGGCAAUAGAUCACAUCAUUAAUUCUGCUGCAAAAUCAAAUUACAUGUCUGCUGGGCAAAUAAAUGUACCUAUUGUAUUUAGAGGACCCAAUGGUGCUGCUGCUGGUGUUGGUGCUCAGCACUCUCAUUGUUAUGCAUCUUGGUAUGGCUCAUGUCCUGGGUUGAAAGUUUUGGCACCAUAUUCAUCUGAAGAUGCUCGUGGUUUACUUAAAGCUGCUAUAAGGGACCCUGAUCCUGUAGUUUUCCUUGAAAAUGAGUUGCUAUAUGGUGAGUCAUUCCCUGUUUCUGCCGAAGUUCUUGAUUCCAGUUUCUGCCUUCCCAUUGGAAAAGCAAAGAUUGAGAGAGAAGGGAAAGAUGUGACUAUUACAGCCUUCUCAAAAAUGGUUGGCUUUGCCCUAAAGGCUGCCGAGACAUUAGAAAAGGAAGGAAUCAGUGCUGAGGUUAUUAAUUUAAGGUCAAUCCGGCCGCUUGAUCGAGCCACCAUCAAUGCUUCUGUCAGGAAAACCAACAGACUGGUGACAGUUGAAGAAGGGUUUCCUCAGCAUGGUGUUGGCGCUGAAAUCUGUGCAUCUGUCAUCGAGGAGAGUUUUGGCUAUCUUGAUGCACCGGUGGAGAGAAUUGCCGGGGCUGAUGUUCCCAUGCCUUAUGCAGCAAAUCUGGAAAGAUUGGCUGUCCCACAGAUUGAAGAUAUCGUUCGUGCUGCAAAGAGAGCAUGCCACAGAUCUGUGCCUAUGGCCGCAACUGCCUAAAUUAAUCGAUAUAGUUCUGAAAUUUUUCAUGUCUUGGUUAGUUCUUUGGUAACCCUUUAUGUUACCAAAAAUAAUUCCCCCCCAAAUUUCCACCACAACCUCGUACAAAAAGAGGCUCUGCUCAUUGAUUCUGUCAGAGGCUUUGGUUUGAAAAUUGUGAUGUAAGCAUAUAAUAUUGUCCAAAUUUUCAGGAGUAACAAAUUCUAUACAUUUUUUUUUUAUAUUUCCCUGCAUAUCUGGGAGGAAGUUCAUGUUCAAUAACUUGGAUGAUAACAAUGACACAAGAGAGGAAGUUUUGUAUGCAACCUAGUGGUCAACUUA